UAACGUGUAUCUGGUUCCGCUGAACAAGAUUCCCGUACAGUGGCGUGUGGCGGAUAAUACCGGGACGGGCUGUUCGCUGCAGAUGACAGUAUGGAAUCUCCUGGAGAAGAUCAUCUAAGCUUUGCCUUGUUGGAUUCUGCAUUGGAUAUGAUUCCAGGAAAUCUGGAGUGUCAACAGAUGCUUGCAGACAUUGAUGAGAAGCUAAAAGAUAAUUCUUUAUGCAUUGAAGAAUGUCUGGAAAAGCUGCGUUUGGAAACGAAUGAAAAGUGUGGGGUUGUUCUGCAGAACAAUGCAGAGUACUUGAAGAGGCUGAAUACUCACUCCGUGUCCUGCUCAAUGACUGAUAUUCCUCUCGCAGAUAUCAUGACCUUCCUCCAGACUGUGCAACAUUUGUUGAAAAACAGUGAAGGUCAGGAAGAUAUGAUCCUACAGCUUCUAGUGGACCUUUCCAGUGAGUGUGGUGUAACUUUUCCUACUUCAGCCAGUGGAGGAUACUUUCAAUUCGCAUCUCAGACCUCACUACAUGCUAUUGAUGAUGACUUGUCCGUGGAUCUGCAGGCUGUGUGGGAUGAUGUGAGACUGCAAUUACGACGUCAUCUAGUUGCAAAAUUGCAAGCCACAUCUCAUACUUCCAAUAGCCAUUCUGGAAUUCGGAUGAAAUCGAAGUGUUUGCAGUACCUGUUUUUUCUUUUCCCGGAGGCUGAUGUCCUUGUUAAAUACCAGAAUAUCCAGCAUCAUUUUGUUGUUGAACUUCUUCAAAGCUACAGAGGGAGAAGUACUGAAAAUAUACUUGGGGCUUACCAGAAUGCUGUUCCCAAGCUGUAUGCAAUGAUAAAAGAGGAUAUGUUUGUUUUAAGCCAUGUUAUAGACUCUUCAUUAAUUAUUACAUUUAUCAAUGAGACUUUCUUUGAAACCAUCACAGAAGAGAUGAAAACAUUCUUUGAAACACUUUGUGAAACUGGCACAGAGGAGCAGGCUCUCCAGCCACCCAGGCUCAACAAGAAGAAACACAAGCAGAGAGUCCAUGCCCUUGCUGUUAACAUAGAAGACCUUCAGAGGAAAACUAGAGACACAACAUUACAGCUAAAGCACCUACAAUUAUUGUCCAGGAUCAUCAAACUCUUCCUGUGGCUUGAAGAUGAGGUAGAAAAAUCAAGUUCUGAGAUCCUUUUUCUUUCAUGUCAUCCAGAUUUAAAGGGAAAUAUAUCAGGAAUUCUAAAGACGGAUAUUGGUGAAGAUAUAAUAAAUGAAAGCUGCCAACUGGAUAAGAGCUCCCUACUUAUCAAGGAAAUGCCUACCAUGAAAUUUGGCUGGAGGAAAAACUUGAAAGAGAUGGCACUCACCCUGGUUCAUGAUUUACCCUCUGUGCUUGAAGAAGUGAUGGCUAGAGUCCUGCAGAGCGAUGCAGAAGAGCUCUCUGCCAAUGCUGGAUGUAACAUGACCCUUGGUAAUAUCCCCAAGUCAUAUGAACACUAUGGAACCAUUGCAGAACAACUGAGACCUAUAAAAGUUGCCAAGUUCUGCUUUGACAUCAUAGAAGUGUUUGACUUGCUAUUCCCAGUAGUUGUGGCAUGUAGAGGGGAUUCUCUACAAAAGGUAAAGAUCUGCUUCAUAGAAGCCUUCAGCAAGUCAGUAAUGUCUAUUCUGAGUAGACUGCAAGAAUGGAGCAUACAGGUCCCAGACAAAGCUCCCAUAAAGACUGUGCUUGUUUGCAUGUCCUCAGCUCUUCAUGUGCUUCAUCAUCUCACUCACUACAAUGAGAAACUAAGUAAGAAGCCGUUGUUUAUUGCUGCUGUCCAGCGAUAUCAGGAAUUCAUCAGCGAUCUCCAGAUUCAGGUUACAAAUUACUGUGUCAACGUUUGUGCUACAAGCCUUCUUCAGGAUGCAGAGAGCCACCACUGGGAUGACAACAAAGCUUUUUAUGAGGGGGAGCGAUGCUCAUUUUCCAUUCAGAUGUGGCAUUAUUUCUGCUGUGGACUUCGCCAUGAUUUAUGGACUGUUGUUUCACCUGUUAGUGCCCAGAAGAUCCUUUCUGAAGUCCUGGAACAGACUUUGGCUCUUCUGACAUUUAGAUACUGCCAGGUUCACCCUAGCUACAAGCGAGCAUCACAGAUAAGAAUUGAUGUCUUGGCCAUUCUUUCUUGUGUGGAAAACUUGCUGUGGUCAGUAUGUAGCACAGUUCCAGAACUCAUCAAGCCAACACAAAGUUACAGAGAUGUGGUUUUUAAGAUACACAGUUACUGUGACUGCCUACUUAAGGUUCUGACAAUCUCUACAGCACCCUUGGAAAUCUUGUCACAGGCAGUUAAGAAUAGUUUUGAUGAACACCAUGCUCAGCCUUCAGAACCAGUACCUGAAGAUUUACUCUACUGGUUAAAGAAAGUAAAUCCCAGUAUAUUCCCCUCCUCAUUACAAACUCCAUCAGCAGAAGAAAUGGCAGUCCAGGGUCAGCUGAAACUGCUCUUAUCCCAACCAUGCUGUAAUUGGAACUUGCUUCUCGAAACACUGCUGCAUCCUGAUUGUCUUGUUGCUAGAACUUUGCUGACUGGCUCAAUAAGGGAGGCAGCAUGUCUGGAAUCAAGCAAUUUGGAAAUGAUAACGAUGGAAGCCAACAAUGGCAAAAAUUUACCAGAAGCAAUCCUGACAGUUUUUUCAUAUUGUACCUUUGCUCCUUGUUCUUUUACUAUCUUGCUGGAAAAAUACAUGGAUCAGGAGCAACUUUGGGACUCUCUCUGUAACCAGACAGCACAUGGUAGUACAAAUGUAGUGAACAUGUUUUUAAGGCGAGUUCUCUUAAAAUCGGUAAGAGGCAUGGUGAAAGAAGUGGCAUCUCUUAUCACGUCCAUGGAGCCCAGCGAUCAAUCUCUGUCUGGCUCACAUUAUCGUAAUGUUACUGAUAUUUUGCUCAGAGCUUUACCGGAGAAAUGGAGUUUCAGGAACUUGGAUAGAAAAGAGGCAAAGCAUAAAGAUUUCACAAGAUUGACAGCUGAAGCAGUCUCCAUUGUAAUCAACAAGCUACCUUUAGUAAUUGCCUGCUUGCUUCUGCCAAUAAAGUAUUUCUACUUUUUCUCCGAAAGAAAAAUAUCAGAGCAGUACUCUGCAGUAAAGAAUACAGGAAUAUUAGUGUGGAACCUAAUUGAAAUUAUAUGCCAUGUACUGAAAGAUGGAAAUGCCACAGAACAGCUAACAGAUACCACCCUGUCUAGAUGGAGCCAAGAGAGGCUUGCUUUGGUUUGCGGGUGCUUGGAAAAGAUAGCUGGAUUCAAAGCCACUAAUUCCAAGGAUGAAAUCCAAAGAGUGCUUGAAGAUCUACAGAGACGAAAACCUGACUGGAUCGAGAACCAGCUGCUAAAGGCCAAAACUCUGAGCUGUAAAGGUGACUUUGCAAUGCAAGAAGACAGUUCAACAGAAGAAGUUCAAGGCAACAGGCUCAAUUUGACUGAGCAGAAAAUAAAUAUGAUGGUGCUGGAUAUCUGCCACAAACCAGGUGGCAGCGAGUACCUGAGGCAAAUUCAUCACAUCAUCCAGCUCAAUGAGGUUUACCUGAAUGAGGCAUUGUCUUCCCAACAUUCUGAGCAGGCAGAAGCACAUUCAGAAGCAUUUCAUAUGACCUUGACUAGUGCAGAAGACCAGCUUUCAUCUUUCAACCCUCUGUAUACAUUCACACUACCUGGUAUAAGUGUUGUGAGUGAGUCUACCACAAUGAAAGAGGAAUGGAAUUGGUCAGCAUUGUUACCACACUGUUUACAAGCGAAUCCUGUGACCUUGGGAGGGCUGCUACUGCACAGAUGUCGCAAAGCAGUCACUGAUAAAGCUUUUCCCUUACAAAAUGUGGCACUUACAUGAGUAAUACCAGUAUUGUGUUUGAAGGGCCGUAACAGGCUCUUCUUGGAUAUACAGAAACUGUCAAGAUAAAACACAGGACAUGCAUCAUUCUGAUUAAAUUACGUUUCGUAAAGAAACAGGGACACAAUGAAUUUUUGAUGAAAUGGUUUAUACCAUUGUUUUCUUAUAUUGAUGUUACUUUUCAGGUGUAUAUAAAAAAAGACUGAUAUCAUAGUUGGCAAGAAAUACAAUCUCAGCUUAUCAUAUGUGUGCACAAUGCUCUUGCUUUAUUUUGCCUGUCCUAUACAGUCCCAUAGUGGUGUUCUACCAUAAUAAUAAUAUAUGUUAAGGAAAUGAUGUUCUGCACUAGGACUUUGGCAAAUUUCAGUAAAUUUACUAAAGCUUACCAUAUAAUGUUACUGGGUUGAUAUAAUUCAUCCCCUAUGUUUUUGGCAGUUGAAAGUUUGUAUUGUAUGUAAUGUAUUUUCUAUUUAAAGUUCUGGCCUGCUUCCCGAAUAAAUAUACCUGCAGUAUGCAGACAGAGACAAAACCCAUGACUGUGUACGUCUUGAAGUGACCCUGAAGCUAUAGGAAAAAUACUGGCCAAGAGCCAGCCUUUAACAGAAAAAAUUGUAUACUUACCUGUCCAGUCGGAAGUGACAGAAUUCUUCACUCUCUUUUUGAGCUCCGGGAUCCACUCCAAAUGUUUUUCCCGCCUUCCCUACAUUGUUACAGGAAACAGUACUGAUGUGGCAACUGGUGGAAGGAAACUUGUAACAGCAGGAGCGCCCAGAACUCUGCAAAAGAGCAAAGAAUUAAAUGCCAUUCACAGGACAGGUAAGUGUACAACGUCUUAUGUUACAUGCUGACUCCUUAUGUUAACAUAAAGUUAAGGUAUUUUUAAUAAUUACAGGAGCGCAUUAUUAUAUGACGCAAAAUACAGUUAAAGAGGAAGUAAACACUCUCUUAAAAUAAAAACCCCCUGCAAGACAAAGGCAUA